AUGAAUCCCAGCGAACAGUUGACUCCUUCCCUUUCCCAAGAAGAGAAGAUGGGGUUGUUGGACGAGAAAACCAAUUCGGACUCUGAAAGCGAAGGAAGUGGUGUUGAUACCGAUUCUCGAUUCGGAGUGAAAGCCCAUUUCCCCAACUAUUCGAAAUAUGCGUCAGCUUUCACAACACCAUUAACACAGCUACGCUCGGCUCCAUGGAGAGUAUUGGUGAUUCGAUUCGCCAUCUUUCUGACACCAAGCUUCUUCCAGGGAAGACAUGCCCGCGAGCAGAUAUGUCCUCCAAAAUUGGCACCUACGGCAUACCUCGACGGUAUGAGAGGAUUGGCUGCUCUGUUUGUCUUCUUUUGCCAUUACUCGUAUCAAGCCUUUACAAUUGCCAAGAGUUGGGGCACUGGAGAAGACAACUACCAUUUCUUGAAGCUCCCUUUUCUCCGACUUUGGUAUCAAGGACCCCCGGCAGUAUGCGUGUUCUUCGUGAUCUCAGGAUACGCAUUGUCCUAUCGCCCGUUGAAGCUGAUUCGAAAUGGCGCUAUGUCUGAUUUUGCCACCACCAUGAGCUCCCUUACUUUUCGUCGGGCAAUUCGGCUGUACUUACCAACCGCUACUUCUACACUGAUGAUUAUAUGUCUGCUACAAGUCGGGGCGUACGAGUGGACGAGAGCGUUCGCCAAGGACCGAAAGUAUAUGAAAAACAUUGUCGAGCCACAUCCUGAACGGAUGGAGUCAUCAUAUGCUCAGUUUAGAGAUUGGAUUCUCCAUAUGUACAGAUUUGUCCAUGUUUUUAAUUGGGACAAGUACGGCGGAAGCACUUCAUAUGAUGUACAUUUGUGGACGAUUCCGCUCGAAUUCCGAUGCUCACUCUACCUGUUCCUAACCAUUAUUGGCACCGCCCGUCUGAGGACUACCAUUCGAUUUUUGACUGUUGGAGGAAUUAUGUGGUUUACCUACCGUCAUUCUAGAUGGGAGCUAUGCUUGUUCUUCUGUGGGAUGCUCCUUGCAGAAAUGGAUCACAUUCGUGGAGCGCACAUUCCUUCUCCAGCCUUGCCACAAAGAGAAAAUCAACCUAUAAAGGGCCGUAGCUGGGUCAAGAGUCUCUUCUGGACAUUGAUCAGCAUUCUUGGCUUAUAUCUCAUGUCACAGCCAGACGACGGUGGCGAGGUUGCACCAGGAUGGAUAUAUUUGACAUCAUUAAUUCCUAAAUGGUGGGGAGAAGAAAAGUUUCGAUAUUGGCAAUCCACUGGCGCAGUUGUCUUUGUUCUAGCAGUUGGUCACUCCCGGUCGUGGCAACGCUUUUUCAAUUCUCCCGUUGUGCAAUACUUUGGGAAGAUUUCAUAUGCUUUGUAUUUGAUGCAUGGCCCUGCGAUGCAUGUAGUUGGCUAUCAUUGGGAAAAGAUGGCUUAUGGAUUUACAGGCGUCGAGGGAUAUUGGUACAAUGCUGGGUUCUUUCUGGGUGCAGCAUUCGUCAUCCCCACGGUCAUUUGGUGGGCGGAUGUUUUCUGGAGAGCUGUGGACAUUCCCACUGUCAAGUUUGCGAAAUGGUUCGAGAGCAAGUGCAUUUCAAAAUCUUGA